AAACAGAAAAUCAAAUAAUUUAUGACUAAAAAUAGAUCUAGGAUCCUGGACUCGCUUCUCCUUCCUCACACCGCUAGGUCUGCAACGCGUGACGGGAAGAGAGCCGCCGCCUCAGGUCUCCUUCACGGUGGAGCAGCUCGUAUCACCAUUACAACCCCGAUACCCUUACCGAACUCGAAAACUAUGUUAACGAGCAGGUAAUUCGACACCGAGAGCUACAUAAUAUUGCCUGCGAUCGCCAUGUGUUUUAACAGAAGAAGUCAGCCUGUGAAUGCUUCUACCACCAUGACUUGUUUGGAGCUUUGUCCUGGUUCCUAACAUCUACAUCGGAAGGUUUUGGGAGGAGAGGUAUAGCAAGACUUGAAUGAACCCUCAUCGAGAAAUAGUGUGAAUUGAAAUCCUGCGUGUUUUAUUUUAUUUUAUUUUAUUUUCUGAGCUUGUUUUGCACAUCCAUUUCUCCGAUUUAUGUUAAUCUUUUUGCUCACUUGCUUACUGGUUUCAUCUCAAAAAGAUAGUUAGAAUUUUGAUCAAGCUAUGUCUUGUAUAGUGAAAGAAAUUAAAGUUUUUGAAAUUAAAAUUGAUUAAACUUCCUGUUGUUUCAUGGAAUGUGUAUUAUCUUUGCCCCCUCCUACAGCAGGCGCUUAUGGCUAUGUCAACCCCAGAUUUCAGCCUCUGUCUCUUCCUCAUCCCUGUUUGAGAGGUAAUUUUCCUACAGUCCUCAAUUCGAUAUUUAGGUCUAGCUCAACAAGUGGAGCAAGAAUAUGUGUACUGUUGCAUGACAUAUUAUUAUAUUCUCUCUGAAGGAGUAAUAAUGUCAAUAGCAAAGAUGUGAUAUGCAUGUUGUAGUAUAUUGAAGAGUAUUAUUCUUGCCUUCUUGUAUAGUUACAGCUGCUAAUUAAUUUCUGAGGAUAUCUUUGAGAACAUAGGCUUGUUAUUCCCUGAUUCUCUUGAUAUAUACGUUUUGGUUGUGUGUUAUUAGGAGAUUUGAUAAACUAUUUUCCUUAUUUUGUAGAUGUGUUAUAAUCUAUAACUUAUUAACUUAGGGCAGUACGAUACGUUUUUCUUUAGAGGGAAAAAAUUCAUCUUUUCCAAUUUCCUAAGAUGGUACAGACUUGGUAUUGUGAAUGACAAUGGCUUUCUCCAUUGUUUUCUUGGUUCUCCCUGUCGAAGAGAGUUGCGUGUUAUUAUGGUGGUUAUUUUUCAGUAUCACUGUAUCUUUGUUAUUCAGAAUGUAACGCACAAGGAAAAAUAAAAUUUAGCCAAGGAAAUGCCCAAAAUUUUGUGAACUGACUCCGAUUUAUAUUCUAUUCAAUUAUUAUAUUCUCUAAAACACUCCUAGUGAACUAAAAUCUAGAUAUUGAAUUCUACUGCUCACUAUUUUGAUACUGCUUUUGUCAGUAUGCAAUUACAACGUGAAUUCUUUGGACGUAUUACGUUUUCUUUCCAGCAAGCAGAUGAGCAAAUCAAGAUAUUGAUUGUUCUUUCUCACUGUCCCGAAGUACUUGUCUUUUAUUUUUCACUUUUUGAUGGCCUCCGAAUCAGCUAUCAGUAUUAUGAGUUCAGUGGUGUAUUUUCAGGCUGCAAGGUUUCGUCAAUUUUGGAAUGAAGCAGCAAAGAACCAUAGAGUGCACCUGAACAAUUUUCUACGAUUCUGGCGCCGUCUUUCUUUCUCUUCGCCACAGUCAAGAGCCUUCAAAAAAGCAAACACUUGCCGUUUUGGAUAAUUCAUCCUCGGAUGACAUUCUGGGACUGCGAACUCAUCUGCAAUCAAAAUCUGCGAGCGAGGACGAUGCAAAUUGUGUGUGGGAGGAGGCUUCGCAGACACGCACGUAUCGUUUCUGUCACCAUCUCAGAACUAAUUUGUCAGGGUUUCGUUCUACCGCACGGCUUCAGAGAAAAAGAAAGAGACGAGACAAAGAGGUCUUUGACUGGAGUUGAGGACAUGGCCAGGGGAGGAGAACCUGAAACAGCAGUGGCAAUGUUCGUUUUACCUAGUUUCAGUGGUAUUUUUUUGCAUGGCCUCCGGUUUGUGGAAGAAUGCAGAGCAUUCUUCUCUUAUAAAGAACCCAUGCCAUUUGCCAACUUAGCUUGUGAUUUGUUUUUCAUGGAAGGCAGUGGUAAUGCAAAGGGGGAUAGGGAUAGGGAUAGGGAUCGGUUGUCGAUGGCCAGCCAUGGUAGCAGACGGCAGUCGGUGGAUAAUAAUAGUAAUCCUUCAUCUUCUUCUCCGGCCUACUUUGGUGCAGAAUCUUGUUUGUUGCUGUUGCUUUUGGCGGUGUCAUUGUUGAUACUUCCGCUGGUGCUUCCACCGUUGCCUCCGCCGCCAUCCAUGUUGUUGUUGCUGCCGGUGGGGCUCCUCGGCGUGCUUUUCAUCUUGGCCUUCAUGCCGUCGGUGGAUGUUCUAUAGUUGUAAAUGUAUAUGCUGGGAGAGGAAGAGAAACUAUGACAGGAAGGUUUUGGAUGUUCAAAGGGCUCUCAUGUGUUCGUUAGAUGAUGCAAUGAUAUAGAUAAUUGAUUUUAUCGAUUGUAUUGA